AUUUUCGUGACACUUGGCACAGUCGUUAGAAGUGGUCCGCUCCUCAGCGUAGCAGCGAUGGAAGGUUUAGACACUCGGAAGGUUUUAUUUUUUGGAUUCUAACAUCGCUGGCCAUCCCUUGUCUCCAGGUGCCAGCACGUGCCGUGUGGAUGGAAGACCCACAAACGGAAUGGCCGUGAACUUCGAAGCCUGGAGCGAACCCGGAGAAGACAUGCAUGUCUGAAGAUCGUCUGCCCGGCCGGGAUAUGUUUCAGGACAGCAUUAUGUUUGAUUCAUCAGAUGAAGAGGCGCCAGGGCUUUCUGCAGCUGCCCCACCAACACAGCCACUGAAGAUUGAUUGGCUCAACAUGUCAUUCAUGGACUGUCCUCAAAGCGUAGCUCUCAGUGGUUUACCUGGAUGUCGUUUCAGAAAUAUUUGGCAGAACCUUGCCAGAGACUUAGAUGGAAAGUUGACAUUUCAAGGAGGGAAGAACAGCUCAAGUCAUAUUCUUCAAGACAGUGCCUCCCAUCUAUGGAACAAAAUUGAAUAUUUCGGCAUCACAGAUGUUGUAAUGCUGAUGACGAAAGGGGAACUUAGAAAGUACAGAGUUCCAAACCUAAUGAAUGAAUACGAAAUGAGAGGUUUGACAGUCCACCAUUUCCCGUUUUUGGAUGGAACAGCACCACCUGUUGAAACUGUCGUAGAUAUUAUCGAUUUAGUACGGCAAGCUUUGGAGGCCAAGCGAAAAAUCUUAAUUCACUGUAUUGGUGGCCUUGGCCGAGCAUGUGUCAUUGCAUCCUGCCUUCUCCAGUAUUUCAACAAUUCCUUAACCCCAGAUCAAACCAUUUGUCACAUAAGGGAUCUCAGAGGAGCAAGGGCAGUUCAAACUGUAAAGCAAUACAACUUUAUUCAAGAGUUCCGAGCACUUUUUGAGGCAUGGAUGGAUGAGGACAUAGAUCGGUCAGUAUCUCGCUGACCAAGGACUUCAUAGAGUAACCAAAGAUUUUAGUGCAAUUUUGUGUAAUUCCACUUUCAGCUGGAGAACCUAAGUCAUUGUUAUCAACAAGUCUUGCAGGACUGAAGUUGACGGCAUUAAUGUUUUACUAUAAAGUAAUUUCUUAAAUACAGGAAUAACCACCUUAGUCAUUGUACAGUAGAAUAAGAUAAGAAGCUUAUACAUUUGUUACAUAAAGGAAAGUACAGCAUUUAAUGCAAAACAUGUGCUGUGGUGGGGUUCUAGAGCAACCAGAGGAAAUUACUGCUGUAUACAUAUCUUAAUUUUUAAGUUGGAGUUUUUAAUCAUUAAUCAUCCAAAAGCUGUACCCUUCAGUGAGUUGUGUGCAUUUUAUUUUGAAGUUCUAGUUAGACAUAUAUAUACUUUGUACCAAUGCUGGUUUGAUCGUGUCAAAAAUUUUGCCAUCAUUACAUCCUCAGAAUAUUCCUGUAUCUUCAUCUUAAUAAUGCAAGCUUGCACUCUUCUGAAUAAUCCCUGGCCUUCCUAAACAUUUAGAAUCUUUCAUCAUAUAAGUACAUACUAUCUCUUGCAGCAGACAGUUUUUACCGUUGCAUCAAAAAUUAAAGAACCGACCGUAGUAUGUUGUUACAAAAAGUGUAAUCAAUUUAAAUCUUUCAGGCUUUGCCACCAUACACAAGAAAUAAUUUUUAACCUGUGAACUGAAAUACUCUUUGCUUCAGAAUUUUUUUUACAUAAUUUAACCAUCCAUGCUAGAUGGAACUUGUCUGGUAAACGAAUAGAAAAUCAUUACAAGUGGUAAUUUAUUUGCUUAGGGCCAAAACUAAAUUGAUACCCUAAUUUAGUUUUUACUUUUAUCAUUUAUUUCUGAAUUAAAUUACAAUAUCAGUCUUAUGUUUAUAAUGAGGUGUGGGCCAAAAAUUAGGAUAAAUAUAAACCAGAAAAAAUUUGUGUUUUUAUCAAAACAGACUUUUGAUCAGAUGGUGGAAUUAAGAAACUAAUGCUAAAGCAUUCAGAAUGAAAGAAAUACAGUACGUAAUUUGCUUCGCAUAUUAAUGAAAUAUCUCCUUUUAUUACAUAUGUGUAACAAAUUUAAUGCUGUUACUGUUACAUAAGCAAACAGUUCAACAUUCAUAUCUUCUAACUUGAAAAUUACUGUCCCAUUCAAUUGCAUGUGAUUGGAUUCAUUAGCUACUACAAGAUUCAGAUACUUGUACAGUACAUUACUUAUGGCAUCAAUUUUAUAUCCAAAUCUUUUACUCAUUUACUACUUGAAGAAAUUGACUCUUGCUCAGUUUUCUAUAAAGUGGGAAAAGAAAACUUUUUCCUCCCGCAGGCCACAUAUCGAUAAACUUCUUCCUUAACCUGUAUUUCCCAUGUUUAUACAGAAUGCUGAUAAGAAUAAUUCCCAGGAGUAAUUGACAAGUGCAUCAGUUGGAAAGAGUGAAAAGAACUUCAAGAAUUUCACCUCUUUUCUUGAAGAUUUACAAGCUUUUUUAAAUAUCAUUUGCAGAGUUUCAAUGAACUUGGGAUUUGCCAUGGAAUUUCUCAGCUAUAUUUUGUUUGAAAGUUAUUUCAGCUUAAAUAUGUCAAGUCACUGUACUUCUUGAGCACUGUACACUUAUCACUGACAGUUGGUUCAUCCAUUGAAAAUUAACUUGGCAGUGUUUUUCGCUUGUUUUAAGGAUUCUGCCAUUGAAAGUAACCUUAACAGCCUUGUGUGCAUGUUUUGUGAACCUAGUAGUAUAGGACUGUACUUUACAUACAUUUGUAAAAACUGUUAAUAUUGUAAAGAUGUAAAGUAUUAUUGCUUUUUUAUUGAUACAAUUAUUGCCCCAUAUAUUGUAUUGUUCCCAUAGUACUAUGUACUUAUCAUUGCACAAUAGUUUAAGAUAUUGAUUGAUUUACAUUGUUAUUUAUUUUAAAAUGAAUAUGAUAAGUACACAUUGUCUAGAUUGUGAAGACCCCACCGAGUCUCUAGUUUAAUUAGUUAGUUGCAGUUUUAUGUGGCUGUCUUGCAUCACUCAAACAAACUCCUCUGGUAAAACAGCAUUUUUUUUUCUUUUUUUGCGGGGGAGGCAGCAAUAUGAUGUUCUUGUCCAUGAUUUAACUGUUACUUAUCAUGCUUAAUGUAAAGAUAUUUCAUGAUGCCCUCAUCCCCAAACACUGACAUAACAUGAUACUGUUUGUAUGGUAAAAUGUGUUGCAGUUGUUCCAAAAUAGGGUAUGACCCCUAGAUUUUAAUCGUAAUUUAAAAUUUGAAAGUCAUCCUGUGCCUUAUACCUAGUAGCUGUAAAUAUCAUUGACACCUCUUUCAGCUUCAUAGUUUUCAACUCUUGCUCAAAUACUUGCUAUCCUUUGUUAUACUGAGACUCAUUAAUCAUAAUUAGCCUCAUUUUAUGUAAAAAUGAACCCAGCUACCACCAUCUUAGAAGAAAGACUACACGUACACCCCUCAUGCCCAGCUUAUAGUCUGCUCACUACCGACAACAUAUCUUUCUUCUCUGCAACUCCAUCAAAGGUUUGCAGUGCAUUUAAAGUGGGCACUGAGUCCUAACCUCUUGUUGUGCUUUCUUAUAUAUGUUUAUAUUUUUAUUAUUUGCUCUUUCACAUGUGCAUUUUCUAAAUGUUCUUAUAUUUAUUCUACUUCCCUUUGGUAUUUAGAGUGUAAGGAUUCGCUGAGUUUUUCUUUUCACACUUUUAUGCUUCAGUUGAUGUCAUUCUUAUCAUAUAGCCACCAUGUCCAUAUGAGUACGUACACUAUUUCACUUUUGAUAUUCAUAAGUUCCGUUUUAAUUUACUUUGUCUACUGGCUAGUAUUUCCAGUUCUAUAGCUCAACAUUCGUAGCACAUAUACUAUUUAUCUUCAGGUUGCCUAUAGAUGAAUGGGCUCUUAACAGCAGCAGAACUUUUUGUGGUUGUUCGUCAUUUGGCUCUUGCAGUUCCUUGGGCUCUCGUGCAAUUCCUCAGACUUUCAGGAACUUUUAAGUCACUUCUUGAUGGCAACCAUUUUGGCUUCACUAGUUGAUUUUGGGCUGCUGUUGGCUACAGUUAGCUCUAAAGCUCUUAACAGAUUGGGGCCACUUGAGUAAUUCAUCAAGGAAUGUCUUUCCUACCCUCUUGCUUACAUCCAUCCUUUGUUUGAGUCCCCAAAAUCAAACUCUCUCAAUACUUUUCUUAUGCGUUAUCCACAGUUUCCUGGUUGCUCAUAGAGGCCCUCACCCAGCUGAGAAGCAUCACCUUUGUGGUUCAAUGUCCUCAUCUCCUCUGCUGUAUAACCCUACCAGGAGGUGUGUUUUCCACGAAGUACCUGCCCAUAUACCUCAGGUGUUUUGUGCAUGCACAUUCUGCUGUUAUGUCUUCCAUUGCACCUUAGAUUUCAGCCUUUAUUGUUGGCUAUACUGUCUGCCGUCAACAGGAAAUGGACUCCUUCUAUCUGAAUUUUCUUCUCCAGAGAUUCUUGUGUUUCAUCAUCCUAAACUACAAUUCAGGCUAAUUACAAUAGCAGUGGGUUUUUGUAUAGGAAACUGUUUCCAAACAAGUUUUAAUUCAGACCCAUUAGUCAUAACCUUCUGUGGCCCCCCUCCUUUUCCUUCAUUGUUCCAGAAUGCAAAUUCAAAUGGAAGAAUGAGGGAUGCUGUAAGCUGGUCAUGCAUGGUACAACCGUUAUUUCAGCUCUUCAGGUCAUGGUAAAUGGUUUCAUUUUUUGUGGCAUAGGUUAAUUAUGAUUAAUGGGUUUCAUAUUUAAAAACUUGUUUUGCUUUUAAAACUUAGUACAUUAUUUGAUUUCAGUACUUUCAUCACAAUAAUAACUUCCUCCAGGCUUAAUGAAAGUCUUUUUGAGCCUGAUGCAAUGAUCCUUAAGGAUAGUCAUAAUUUAAUACUAACCUGUUGAAUACAUUUGUACUGAAUUUCCUUAGGUUUGUUUAUUAUUCUGUACAGUUUCUGCUUGGCAGUCUUAAGUUGUUAUCUAGCCCUUCUUGUCACAGUUUUCGUCUUUGUAACUGGUCAUGAUGGUGAAGCUGAUGAUUGAAUUGAGUAGAAAUGUUUGAAACUGGUACUGAGAUUGGGAACAUUCUGUAAGCAGCCUGCUUGCCAAGUCAUAUGAAAAGCUUUAAGGUAUCAGUGUUAGAUAAAUUAUUUGAAAGCAGCAGUUGAGGAUGGGUCUUCCUUUUGUGCAGUAAAUGGCAUUAGCUUUAUCAAUUACCCAGAACCCUUUAGACGAGACCACUUGGCUGAAAAGACUUAUAGUUUCCUAAGAACAGAAUAAUUGCAGACAUGUUUAUAAAUUCUUCAACUGAAUGUUAUCACCUAAAUAUCAUUUUUAAAGUCCCUUCUUUUCAGUUUCUUUGAUCUGUCUCCACUGGUUUUAUUGUUUGCUGUUGUAAAUUUUGUAAUUUUAUCAGUUCACUAUAGUAUUGAAAUAGAGAAAGUGCCUUUCAUGUAAGUUGUCCUUCUGACAGGUCUUAAUGUAUUUAGAAGAGAAGGUUACAUCGCAAAAUGUGUGAUCAGUCUGAAGUUGUAGUCUAGGUAAAGACCAUUGUCGGAUUUUUUAGUCAUAACCCACAUUCAUGAAUCUUGGAUGCAUUUCCUCAUGACAGAAGUAUGAUAGUUUCAAUAGAGUAGUGUUUGACCGGAUAUUUAUAUCAUGAUAUUUUGCAAAAACUCGGUUCCAUUUUAGCAUAUAAUGUCAGUCUUCAGAGAUAUUUAACCACUCAGUGCCAUGCAAAUUAAAAUGUCUUUAAUAAAUGAUCUCAAGUUUUUUGUUGGAAUAUUCACUUCUGACAAGAAAUUAAAUGGUCAAAUGAGAAAUGUCAUGAGAUUUGCAAGGACAGCCACAAACAUGAAUUGAGAGAGAAACACUUUCUAAACCAAAAGAAAAUGAAACUGAACUGUAUACCAGUCAUGUAGAAUGUGUCAUAAUAGUUGCACAGUUAUGAUAAAAAAUUAGUUGCCAAAGAGAUUACACAAUUAGAAAUGGUUCAUUUUUCAUUAUUGUAGCUUUAUUUGAGUUACUUUCCUACUAAUUUUUAUUUAUUUUUAUAUAUUCAACCUAUGAAAAUAUACUUUGUGUGUUUAUGAUAUGUACAUGUUGCUCAAUGUUGUAUUAACAAUGCACAGCAUAUGUGUAGCUUCCCGUAGGUCACUUGUUUUAUGUAUGAAGCAUUAGAUUAUUGUGGAGAUAAGCACACACAGCUCAUAUCUUUACAAAAGUAAAACCUUCCGUUCUUUCUUUCCUUGCCAUUUUUUUUUUUCAUGAGCUUGUUCACUAUCAAUCCCAGACUUUUGUAAAGGUAAAUUUAUCAAUAAAAUUUGUCAGUUUCUUAA